GUGUUCGCAGUGCGUAGAAUAUUUAGAAUCAGUAAUCAGUAAAGGAAACUCUAAUUUAUAAAGUGUGUCGCUGAUCAACCAUCUGUACCUGGAUAAACAUGUUGAAAAAUUGGAUAAAAAAUAAAAAAAAUAGGGGAGAGAGAUUACAAAAUGAAAAUGAUAAUGAAGAGAUAAUAGAGAUGUCUACUUCAGAGAGUGAAAUAGAAACUUAUAGAAGCCGAUCAACUAUAUCCAGUAAAGCUUCUUUUCUUUCUCGUGUAAAACGUUCUAAAGCAUCCUUAUGUUUUGGAAAUGUUUCUGAUAAUGAUAAUACAGAAUAUUCAAAAAAUUCAAAGAAAGAAUUUAAUACUAGCAAUAAAUCUGUAAAUAGUGUAAAUAGCAGUAUAAAUAGUAUAAAUAGUGUAAAUAGCAAUAUAAAUAGUAGCAAGCAAGAGAAAAAGUUAAAAAAACGAAUGUAUCGUACAAAGUCUAAUGCAUGGGAUUUUUUUACAAAAAUUGAUACAACACAUGCUCGAUGCAAUAUUUGUAAGAAAAUAUUUAAAAAUUGUGGGAAUACUACUAACUUUUUGAUACAUAUAAAGAAACAACAUGAAGUCGAAUUUAAUAAACAAUAUUUAAGUGGUUCAGAUUCUGAAGGAUUAUGUUCCGAGGAUUCAAAAUCAAUCACCUCCACAAAUGUCUGUGUUUCAGAUGGAUGGACAUCCAAUGCAAAUGAAAGCUAUUUGGGUAUUACGUGUCACUUUUUUAAAGUAACUAAUUUUUUGACUUUGCAUUCUACUACCUUAGAUGUAAUAUUAAUUGAAAAAGACGAGACUGCAAAUAACUUAAGUCAGUUAAUCAGAAACUGUUUAACUGAUUGGGAAAUAUUUGACAAAGUGAAUCAUAUUGUAACUGAUAAUGCAGCAAACAUGAAGCUAACUGUUGAGUUGCUCAAUAAAAAACAUUUUCCAUGUUUUGCACAUAGUCUCAAUCUCGUUUUGAAAAAUGCUAUUACAAAAUGUAAUAACAAAGAGGUUCUUUCAAUUAUUACAAAAUGUAAAAACUUAGUCACAUUUUUUCAUCACAGUUCUAAGGCUAGUAGAAUGUUAAAAGAAGCAAACAAAAAAUUAGCUGAGGAAGGAGAAACUGUUCCUUGUAAAUUAAUACAAUAUAUUGACACAAGAUGGAAUACAUUAUAUCAUAUGAUCAAUAGUAUCAUUGAUAAUCAUAAUGGUAUUAAAUUGAUUCAACUAAAUGACGAGUACUCAGAACUUCCAAUUUUAACAAAAGAAGAAAUACAAUUAACCAAGCAAAUAAAUAUAUUAGAACCUUUUGAACAAGCAACUAAAGAUAUUUCUGGUGAAGAUUAUGUUUCUAUUUCACUCGUAAUUCCUUGUAUAAAAGGCAUAAUAUUAAAACUGGAAGCUAUUCAUAAAACAUUAAGUUAUCCAGCAGCACUUUCAUUUUAUGAAAAAAUUCGACAAUUUAUUGACGAAAAAUUAAUACAUUAUGAACAAAGAACGAUUGGCAAAGUAGCUACGUUGAUUGACCCAAGAUUUAAAAAAAUAGGAUUUCGUUCACAAGCAAAUUACGAAGAAGCAGUUAACAUGUUACAAAAUCUUCUUGCUGCUCAAUUUAAAAGUUCGGAUCAAAUUGAAAAAAAUGUUAACCUAACUCACUUUAUUAAUAACAAGACAAACAAUUGUAGUGUUGCCAAGCCUACUGGAAUCUUCAGUUUUAUGGAACAUUCGUCGCAAUCUUCUGUAGCUAAUAUUGAUAAUAUUGUUUUAACAAGAAAUUAUCUAACAUGUGCAAAUAUUAAUUUGUCCGAAGAUCCUCUACAUUAUUUAAAAAAUAGGCAUCCAGAAAUUUUUCAAAUAGCCUUAAAAUAUUUAUGUACUCCAGGCAGUUCUGUACCUGUAGAACGGUUAUUCUCUACUACUGAAUAUAUUAUUUCUGAAAGAAGAAACCGAUUAUCUCCGAAAAAUAUAGAAAUUUUUGUAGUGAAUUGGCAAUGGAUAUUCUAG